UAUGGGUAAUAAACUAAGCUGCUCGUGUGCGCCGCUUAUGCGGAAGGCAUAUCGUUAUGAAGAUUCUCCUUGGCAAGCAUCCCGUAGGCGGGACGGCCAUCUCCUGAGGUUGUGGGCAGAAGUGUUCCACGUAUCGGCAAGCGGUGCCGGCACCGUAAAAUGGCAGCAGGUGUCGGAGGAUUUGGUACCGGUGAACAUCACCUGCAUUCAGGACUCGCCCGAGUGCGUAUUCCACAUCACCGCAUACAACAGCCAAGUCGAUAAGAUCCUUGACGUACGACUAGUGCAACCGGGCACACGCAUCGGGCAGGCCUCAGAAUGCUUCAUCUACUGGAAGGACCCGAUGACGAACGAUACCUGGGGCCUGAACUUUACAUCCCCGAUCGAUGCGAAACAGUUCCGUGAAUGUUGUUCGCCUUCUUUCAAAUUUUCACGAAAGGCCUCCUCAAGCUAUUCACUAAAACUUGAUCCACCUGGGAAGGGCAAGGUUAAGACGAAGAGGAAACCGCUCAGCACGCCGGCGAGCCCGUCGCGCGCCCGGGAACCCCAGUGCACCUGCAUGACCGCCGAACAGUACGCUAGGAUUCGGGCCCAGGAUCCACGGUAUCGUGGAUCAUCCACCCUUCCGAGGGCUACCAACCGGGCUACGGAGACGGAGACGCUGCGUAGUGAAAAGAUUGCGACGGCCACCUCCAGCACCUCACUGUACGACAAUGUUGGAGCAAACAAUACUCAGGGAAAUACGAUCAACAGUCAAGAAGCUGGCCACAGACAGACAAAGUCCCAAGAAACAAGUACAAUGACUAAUGUUGGCACCGUCACCGGUACAGCCGUCACGCAGAAUCAUGUCGGGUCCCAGAUCGGGCAGGAUGAAUCAGGUUCCGCCAUGGGUAAUCAACGUCCCGAGGAAACAUCCAAAUCGGAGGGGACCCAGGCCGGCGGUACAUUGCAGCAGCCGGAACGCUCAACCAAGACCACCUCCACCGGUACCGGCACCAGGACGAAGGACUUCAAUGAAGAGAUGCCCCGCGAUCAACACGACAUGCAUCACAACAUCAUCAACAACAACACGGCUAGACGUAACAAGUCCAAGAGCACAGAGGAUAUGAAUGUUGAUUCAUCUACCAUGAAGCGCAUGCUGAAGCCAAUGCCAAGUGCCGAAAGUCCCGUGACAUCGCCGGAGAUGGGCAGACGCCGUUACAAUUACUAUAACUCUGCAACCAACACUCCUCAUACGCAUCAGCACACUAUUCACAAUGCACAUAUGUUAAACAAUAACGGCACCAUUUCACGUAACGCUAGUCAGAGCUCCCGUUUCUCUGGCUCAAGAUCAUCGCACGAAAUAGGCAGAGGCCAUCAGCACGGUGGACGCGGGCUGUAUCUGGAGCUCGAGCGUGAUCGAAGCUGCGUGGAGGGCUCACCACCAUCGGAUAACGUGAUGUUCGACAAUCAGUGCUACGCCACCACGCCCAGCUCGAGCAACGGCAACUCGGAUCAGGAUCAGCCGCCGUACGGACGGCAGAGUGGACGACAUUCGCAUCACCAUCAGAACCCUCCGAACGUUACUCCAACGCCGGGUUCACCAACGUCGCGGUUGCUGCUGGAGUACGAGAUGCAUCUGCGCAACACACUGGCGAAGGGCAUGGACGCAGAGUCGUACAGUUUGCAUACGUUUGAGGCGCUGCUGUCGCAGAGUAUGGAAAACUUGGAGCUGGCUGAAAGCUUGCCCGGGUCCAACCAGCGCAGUCCGUAUCCAAUUAGAAGAAGCAGUGCCAAAUCGUCGACACUUCCGCUACCACACCGUCUCGGUGGCAACGAGCGGCCGGUGACGGUACGGGAGCGUGAUCGAGACCGCGACGGAUACUACAGCGAUCGCAAUGAAUUGAUACGUGAGCGUGAGCGUGACCGUGACCGGGACCGAGGUUAUCUCAGUGAUCACAACUCCAACUACUCGACGACGACUCGCUGUGCCUCAUGCAUCGGCGAGUCGGCCCGGGCACAGUGGUUCCGCCACUCGGACGGUUGGCGCUCGGGCAGCUCCACCUUUGGGUCCGGCUCCGGACCUGGUUUGGUUUCGUCACAGAGCAACGCCGGGGGUGGCCACAAACGGUCCCCAUGGGACUCAUUGCCCUCGCUACGCCAAGACUCGAGCCUGAACGACUCCGGCUACAAGAGCAAUCGAGCGGACUCAUUCGAGCAAAGAGGCGUCUUCGACAGACAAGACAGCUUGCGCUCGGACUACAUGAGCGACCGGGAGCCACGCUACGGAAUUGUGCAGCAAGCAUCGAUCGACAGCACCGACUCGCGCCUGUGCUACCUGACAUCAUCCGAGAUAUCGGACGAUGAUCGCAUGAGCCUUACGACAGCCGUUUCGGAUGAGGACGACGGAGAAAGCGUGAUGGCCUCACCGUACAAAGCGAAGGCGACCGGUACGGCGGCCGCCUCCUUCAACUGUACUGGCGCUGUGCGAAAGGCGGGCUUCCUGUCGGUGAAGAAGUGGCUGCUGCGCAAGAAGCACCAGAUCGAGCUGGCCCGCAAGCGCGGCUGGAAGGGCUACUGGGUGUGCCUGAAGGGUACGACCCUGCUGUUCUAUCCGUGCGAUUCGCGCGAGGGCCGCUCGGUCGAGGCCGCCCCGAAGCAUCUGAUCAUCGUCGACGGUGCGAUCAUGCAGCCGAUACCGGAGCAUCCGAAGCGGGACUACAUCUUCUGCCUCAGCACGGCCUUCGGCGACGCGUACCUGUUCCAGGCGCCCUGCCAGGUCGAGCUGGAGAACUGGGUCAACAGUAUACACAGUGCCUGCGCGGCCGCGUUCGCUCGACACCGCGGCAAGACGGGUACGCUGCAUCUGCUCCAGGAGGAGAUCUUCCGCCUCGAAAAAGCAAUAGAAUCGGAUCACAAGCUGAAGCACAUGGCGGACCUGCAGCAGAGCGUCGUCACCGAUGCGGACACGCGCCACCAGAUCCAGCAGCAGAUACUGCAGUGGGAGGAAAACCUCGAGCGGCUGCACUGCGAACAGUUCCGCCUGCGCUGCUACAUGGCGUCGCUCCAGAACGGCGAGCUGCCGAACCCGAAGUCACUGCUGACGCACGUGUCGCGCCCCACCAAGAACACGCUCAACAAGCUCGGCGUCUUUACGGUGUCGUCGUUCCACGCAUUCAUCUGCGCCCGGUCGCCCUCGCUGCUAAACAACCUGCUGGCGGGCCGGGGUGCGACCAAGCGGCGCCCCCCGAUCCUGUCGCGCUCGAACAGCGGCUCCAGCCGGCGCUCGAUGCAGAUCAACUCGCGCGACGAGCCGGAAAAGAGCUACAAGGUGGCGCUGCCGGAGAACACCUUCGCCACGGUAUACCUGCGCGAGGGCAUGUCGGUGGAGGAGUUCCUCGCGAGCGCCUGCAGCCGCAAGAACCUGAACCCGAUGGAGCACUUCGUGCGGGUGAAGAAGCGCCGGGAUAUGGAAGAUCACAACUACUUUGUUCCUCACAGAAACGAUUUGAUUGAAACAUAUCUACACACCCAUGAGGUAGUGGAAGUGUGCGCGAAAAUUUUAUAUCAAGUAGAACUACAACGAACAACGCUCGAGCAGAUGUGGGGCUUCUCGGUGGAGGCGGAGCUGAUCGAAAAUGCGGACCGGCAGGACGAGCUCUGCUGCUACGUGAGCCGCGUCGAGGACAAGAGUGUUGCCAUGCAGAACGGUGUCAUUAAAGGUGAUGAAAUAAUUGUGAUAAACGGUGCAAUCGUUUCCGACCUGGACAUGAUGUACUUGGAAAGUGUGCUUCAGGAAGAACAAGCCUUAUGCAUGAUGAUGAGAUCUUCCCGCACGGAACCACCGGAUCUCGUCGGCAUCAUGCGCUCGACCGACGACAUCAUCGAGUCGCUGGUGUGUCCACCGCCACCAUCGGAUCCACCCGUCAUUAGCGAGGAGAUGAUAUCAGGCCUAAUCGUUCCCGCACCCGGCUGGCGCAAGGAGGUGUACUCGCCGGAGGUCGAAAGCUCACCCGCACCUUCGUCGAACGAUCCGCACCUGCUGUCGAUGGACCGUUCCAAGCCGUCGUCGCGCACCAGCAGCUUCGAGAUCGAGAAUCUGCUCAAGUCGGCCGAACAGGUGACCGGGUUCUGUCGCUCGCCGCAGGAGACGCGCAAAUCCAGCCCCACCGGUUCGGUGGCAUCGUCCGUGUCGAACGUCAUGCUCACACCGUCGCGCCAGCUGACCGAUGCGGAGAAGCUGCGCAAGGUCAUCCUCGAGCUGGUGGACACGGAGAAAUCGUACGUUAAGCAUCUGAACAAUCUGCUCGAGUACUAUCUGGAGCCGCUGAAGCGCGAAACAUUCCUGUCAAAUGCCGAGAUUACGGCACUGUUCGGCAACAUUCAAGAGAUCGUCACAUUCCAGCGCCAGUUCCUGAACAAUCUCGAGGAAGCGCUGGAUCUCGAGCCCGACUUCCAUCAGCUGGAGCAUCCGAGCCAGUUUAAGAACGUACUGUUUGCCAUUGGAUCCGCAUUUUUGUACUACGUCAACCACUUCAAGCUGUACUCGUCCUUCUGUGCCAGCCACAGCAAGGCCCAGAAAGUGCUGCAUCCAAAUGAAGGCAAUCAGGCACUGCAGGAGUUCCUGGCCGCUAGAAAUCCCAAACAGCAGCACAGCAGCACCCUCGAGUCGUUCCUGAUCAAACCGAUACAGCGCAUCCUGAAGUAUCCGCUGCUGCUGCAGCAGCUGCGCAACCUGACCGAUCCGAACGCGGCCGAGCAUCUGCACCUGGUCGAGGCACUGAAGGGCAUGGAGAAGGUGGCCGAGCACAUCAACGAGAUGCAGCGCAUCCACGAGGAGUACGGUGCCAUCUUUGACCAUCUGUUCCGGCAGCACCAGAAGUCCUGCAAGCAGCCGAUCGAUCUCAGCCCUGGCGAUCUGCUCUACUACGGUGGCGUCGAGUGGCUCAACAUCAGCGACUUUCUCGGCAAGAUCAAGAAGGGGCUGGAGCUGCACGCGAUGUGCUUCGUCUUCAAGUCGGCGGUCGUCUUCCUGUGCAAGGAGCGCUUGCGGCAGAAGAAAAAGCUCAUGGGCGUCUCGAGCAAGAACGCCACGAACGAGGUGGAGAUCAUCCGCUACCAGGUGCUGAUACCGGUCACCGAGGUACAGGUAAGGGCUUCCUCCGCCAAGGACAUGGAUUCGCACUUCCUCUGGGAGCUGAUACACCUCCGGUCCCAGCUGCAGCGCCGUUCCGAGAAAGUCUACGUACUGUCGAACAGCACCGCCGAGUUCCGUAACGCGUUCCUCAAGACGAUCCGGCAGAUUAUAAGGGAAAGCGUCCGCAACAUGUCGAUACCGUCGCUGAAGAGUAUGGGCGGCAGCACCAACUCGAUGACGGGCGUCGGCAACUCUUCUUCCGGCAAUUCGCAAACCCUCGAGCGACCAAAGCAGCAGCCCCAGAUCAUGCAAGGUUCGCAGACGCUCGGCAAGCCGAAGAAAUCCAAGAUCAAUCAGCGCCACUCGUCCGGAAACAUCGACUACGAUAACACGACCUCGGGCAGCCAGGAGGCGGACGACCCGCCGGUACCGCAGUACAGUGGACAGUUCCGCAUGCGCAGCAAGACGGUGGGCGAUGUUGGAGAGCAAGUGGCCGCCUGCCGACGAAACAUGAACGAGCGUGAGCAGGAAAAACCGGACCCCGGUACCAAAUCGGAGGGCGAGGACGAUUCCCAGCAGGGCACGGUGAAGCCGAAAUCUUCCCUGGGCAAAACACCGAACCAUCUGACGCUGAGCACCACCUCGACGCUGUCCGUGGGCAGCACCGGCAGCCAGGCGCGCCUGAUACAGUCGUCCCAUCCGCCGGCCACCUACCAUCCGGUGCUGAUGAAGGAUCUAGGAUCCCCGGUGUGGAAGCCUAGAGACAUGAUUAGUUUAAGUGACGCCCCGUCGACAUCACGUAAAGAUGAAAGUAAAUAAGCUCGUUUUCUCGUUACACUCAUCCUCGAUCUUUUUGAAGCAAAAGAGCAGAAGGGAGGAAGUUACAAAAAAAAGUACAUACACACGCCACACACACACACGCAAACGCAAAAACCAAACCAAAAUCCCCAAAUUACCGAUACCUCCCGUGACCCGAAACUCAUUGGAAUCACAUCCCGUUCACAAGGCUUUUGGGGCGGUUGGUAGUUGGGUGGGCUAAAAGACGGCGAGACGAAUACUAAUACUCAUGUUCCCGUAGCGGCACACAGCAACGAAGCAGCUCAUGCAUCCGUGCGGGAAUGGUAGAGGGAGAGCGAUAAAGAGGAAGUAAAUAUAGGUGUCCCACAAUAUGAAGGCAAAUAAUUGUAAUGGAAUCGGCACACCGGCCGGUUAGAGCAGUUGAUUCGAGAAAAUAGCGCAAUAGCUGUAAAAGGGGCUAGGGCGUAGAGGAUGAAACCAACAGAGCGGAAGGUAUUACCAUGUGUCUAGCGCGCUGUGUGCACGUAGCCAAUUUUCACGUUCAAGAACACACUCACGUACAAAUGCACUCGUGUGUCGCAAAGGGCAGGAUGCAGUAACUCGUAGACCAUUAGGGUUGAAUGGUUAUGGGCAUUACAGGUUGACCUCGUGCCCUGGAAUGGGCAGCAAACAACGAGGCAAGCAGCUUGUCUUUGUGUUCCCGAUUCGGAAGUAUCUGGCGGAAGCUGCGGCGACGAGAAGCCCAUGGUGUCGUCCCGAGAUGCUCAUUUUUCCUCCCUCUCCAGUGAACGGUAUCUCUUAUAGAUAUGACCGUUUUCAUCGUAAUCGAAAUCAUUUAUACCCUGCCAUAUUAGACAGAUAAAGACACACACACACACAUCAGCACGUGUGAUUGUAUCCUAAAUGGCACAGGAUCGACUUGCACAGGCUGACACCCUGACCUAAGCCGCUACUACCCACAUGGCUACAGGUGUAGGAGGCAAUAUUUCUCUUGAAACAGAACAGGAAAGCUGCAAGGAAAGCUCCGAUGAGAGAGUAAUUAAUGAAAGCGUGACACAAUGUCGGCAGCCAUUUGUUUGUUGAUCACACGUAAGUAAACCGAUAUAUAGUGAGAGCGAGAAGGUUCAGCAGCAGUAGAAACGGGAGUAAAGUUUAAACGAAACCAACCAACAACAACAAAAAAGAGAAACACAUCCCGUAAAAGCAUGUUUGUAUUAGCGAUAAAGGAAACGAUAAUGAUCAACACGUUGAUCGUAGAUACAUAGUGAAUGAGAAUUAUCUUGCAAAUUGCGAUAGAAAAGUAUUACUGUUUUCAUUAACUCACGGCACGGACGACCGCAACGACCGGAGACAAGGAAGGAAGGAAACGGGCUGAAACAAGCCGAACGAAACCAUUUAACACUGGACGGGAAAAGACGUAAAGAAGCAUACAUAAACGCGAUCGAUCGCGAUGAGCUUUUCUCGGAAAGCUAGACCUAGACCUACGGACGGACGAGCAACACACGGCGAAAAGUUAAUGGGUAUAGUAAGGGAAGACAUCUUUUCGUGCGACCGACAGACACUCAUAAUGGCGCAGACACAUGCAGUUGAUAGUGCAUGUGCUGCGCCGGGCGCGAUCUUACAAGAGGCGGAAGAGAGAACGGAGAGACGGAGGGUAAAGAUGUUUAGAGUUUGUUUUACAUUUUUGAUCAUUUUUAAUCCUACAAAACUAAUAGAAUUUAAAUAUUAAAUCUAUAUAAUCGAGUGAAAGAAGAUCGACUUUGACAUCGCGUAUUGAGAAGCUAGUACAGGCGGAAAGGUGGCUAGCAACGAAGGAAGAGCAAGAAAAGGGAGGCAAAGUAGUAACUAAGCGAAAGAAGGACACCCCCUCCCACUAUUUGCACACUCUUUCUUCCUUCUGCAGAAAAUUGCGUACUCAUCAUCCCCCUGUUCCCUCCCCACUAGUAGGAAGUAAAGCAAAUCAAUCAAUCUUAAAAGCAACACUUAUACUAAAUGCUCCGUUUCGUGUACGUGAGACAAACCCCAGUAGCGAGAUGUGUUUUACCCUAGCGUGUGUGUUUACAUUUUCCGUUUUCCUGGAUCGGAAUCGCAAACGAGCAGCGGGAUCCUACCUCCAUCAGUUCGGAUGGACCGUCAGCCCUUCUGCCCCACCCGUCGUUUCAGUACAGCUGCUCGGUUUUAUCUGCCGAUCUGCAUCGGUCGAUCGGUCAGAGACACUUACACUAACGAACUGAUCGUACUAUACCUUAAAAAUAGAAGUCAAAAAAAGGAAAUAAAACUAAAGAGAAAGAUAAAACCAAACAGCAGCUCAUGGCACGGUCACUAACGAUGCGAGAUCGUGUGAGCGACACUCGGAGCAGAGCAGUGAAGACGUAGCGCGUAUGAGUGGGCAUAAAAAGGAUAUAAAAGCCUUGUGCACUCAUACAAUACACUCAGACACUCAUACAUGCAUUAAAAAAAAAACAACAACCUACAUUUACGAUGGAAAAGGGAAUUGAAUUUUAUAACAAACAAAAAGAAAUAAAAAAAGUAAGCCAAAUUAACAGAUAGCAAAGAAUUAUAUACACUCACACAGACAGACAGAACACAUACACUUGAUACAAGUGAACUAGGAAGCCAGCUCGUACGAAAUUCAAAACGGCCAGCAGAUCGAUCCGAUGCGCAAAGCAAAAACAAACACUCAAUUAACCAUUGCACAAUAAAAUAAAGAGCAAAAAACGGCAACAAGCAACAACACAAUACAAAACAAUAUAACAAGGCAAAUCUAUACAAAAUUACUAAAACACUAUUAAAACUACUAAAUACUAAUGAUUAUUAUGAUUACCACACACAAGCCCAAAAUCACGAAAGCGCGUCACACACACAUGAACACGCAGAGAGAGAGAGAGGGAGGAAAAAACACACACUCACACACUCAAAGUGUAGAAGCAAACACGGUAACAAAACAAACACGCUGAUAAAUAGCGCGAUGCAAUUUGGCUACUUUGAUUUAAAAUUAUGCAAUGUAUCAAUUUUACUUGUUAACGUCUGAAUUCUUUUAGCUAUUCUUUGAUUUCUAUUCCUUUUCUUCUCAUAUUUUCUUUACUUUGCUUCAUAAUGUAAACUUUAAUGUUUAUUUAAUGUUUUUAAAAUUAAAAACUACUACUUUCCUUUGUCUGUCUCUCCUGCUUUAAAAAGAAAGUAUGUUUUAUUCCUUUUUAUUGCACCACAAGUAAUCGAAUAAUGCAAAUAAAAAAAAAGAUACAAAACACAAACAAAAACACACUCUACAAUUAAGAUAUUUGCAAAACUACACAUACUUAGAACAAUGCAACACAAAACGUUGACAGUUUAUAGAAAUAUAUUAGUUAAAUAAACAGGAGAAGCCAGACCAGGCAGUCAGUGCAGACGGAAAAAAACCCCCAAAUAUGCAAGCUACCCAGCAAACAGUCGGUUCGUUGUUGUGCAUUCCAAGCAAGUAUGCCAGAUAUCCGCACUACUUGGCAUUAGGAUUUUAAUACUACACCACACCCACACGACGUUUCGUAUCGAUCAUCAUCUGUAUCUGCGCGAGAAAGAUAGAGAGAGCAAAAGGCACGAAGCGUUGAAGCAGCACAUCGGCAAUCGAUUAGGUUUGUUGUUCAAGGUGUGUUCAUUUUGAUAGAGUUUGUAUUGAUUGUGUUGGGAGCCUUAUAACGAGAGAAUGGUCGAUCAAACACACACAGCGAUCCAAGGACUGCCUCACGGCAGCUUAGUGAGCACCCAGGGGCAGAGAAAAUCAUUGAACUGGAGCGAAGUAAAUAAGCACUUUCACGUUCUAUUCCAAAGCAGAAACGAGUGCGAGCUGCCAAUUUAUUCUUUUCUAUCGUCUGUAUCGGUUAUCUCCUACUCAUUACUACACACACACACACACACAAAAUGAACAGAACGACACAAAGGCAAACACUCCAAACAAACGAACCACAGAUCUUACCACUUAAAACCUUGUGCCAAUUAUUAAUAAGAUUUACUAGCGAUUGAUACACGGAAUGUACGAAGCUGGUGGUACAUCCUCCCCUCCCGUCGUGCAUGAUGGAAACACCCCGUUUUUUGCUAAACAGGGCCAAUGGGUGCAGACUAAAAAAAGUAAAAAUCAAUACACACACACACCAAACAAUUAGACACUCAACCUUACACACACGCAUACACACCUUCACAUGCAAAACGAAUUUCUUACAAAGGCAGAAUCGAACAGCUGAGAUUGAGAGAAAUGCGAAUACCAAAACAAGUGAGUGAAAUCCACAAAACGUUCUUUGUAUACUUCCCAUUUUUCUGUCCGUACUUUUGUUGACGACAUAAGCGUUGAUAUACUAGAGAGAAGGAAAAAACAAAACAAAAUGAAAACAUUCACACUCACACGCACCCAAGCAAACAAAAAACACAAAACUAACUAAAUACUCAUUUUACCCGCAAAACUAACUUUAAGCGCCGGACUACCGGCACCCUAGCAAACACAAUCCUCGAAACGCAAUGCGAGAAAUGAAGAUGCGAACGAGGAAACGGUAUGCGAGAAAAAAAAGAAACAAGCAAGCAGAGAAUAAAGUCUAGUUAGUCAGAGCUGAAACAAGCGGAAGCCGGAGGCGAAGGAAAAACUCAAAAUGAAAGGAAAAGAUAUAAAACACAAGUGUCGAAAGCUAGCAAUGAGAAGGUAAAUCCCACAAGCUAAAACGGUAAAACGGUGAAGAAAGAGCGAAAGAGAGAGAGAGAGAGCGUGACAGAGAGAGACAGAGCGAGAAAAAGCAUAAAGGUAGGAAACGUAGCAUUGUAAAAGCACCAUCAAUGGUUGCGCUCACGUGAACGAGUUUCCUGACUUUCUUGAGUUGGAUUUUGUACUCCUUUGGAAAUGUCUAAGUAUUCAAUAAAGAUAAUGUAAACACACACACACACACACAAACGUACACAACCACACAGUUACACGUUAGAACAUCGCAAAUUGAUACACAAAUAUACACAGAAAUAAUGACACACACAAACACACUUACACAAUAACUACACCCAUGAAUGAAAAUGGCAAAAGCUGCCAACGCAAAAUGGGUUAAACGAAAUAGAUAACAAAGAAGUAAGCAAAACAGACAAACAAACAAGCAAACAAACAAGGAUGCAAACCAAACAUGCAGCAUUAUGGAAAAACUAAACACACACAAACACACACACUCAAAACAAAAACCAACAACAACAAAAACCAAUGUUCUGAAGUCGUUAAGAAUA